CCCUGGUACCAACAACUAAUGGACCAACAACCACCCAGUUAACAACAACUCAUGGACCAACAACCACCAUGGUAUCAACAACUAAUGGACCAACUUUCAGCCAGUUCUCCACAUCAAAUGGGCAACAAACCACCCUGGUACCAACAAUUCAUGGACCAUUAACCACCCUGGCACCAACAACUAAUGGACCAACAGCCACCAAUGUACCAACAACUCAUGAACCAACAACCACCCUGGUUCCAACAAGUCAUGAACCAACAGCCACCCAGGUACAAACAACUCAUGGGCAAACAACCACCUUGGAACCAAUAACUCACAGGCCAACAACCACCCAGGUUUCCACAACUCACGGGCCAACAACUACACAGGUAUCCACAAAUCAUAGGACAACAACCACCCAGGUAUCUACAACUAAUGGACGAACAACAACCCUGGUACCAACAACUAAUGGACCAACAACAACUCUGUUAACAAUUAAUGGGCAAACAGCCACCCAGAUACCAACAACUAAUGGACCAACAAUCUUCCAGUUAACAACAACUCAUGGACCAACAACCACCAUAGUGUCAACAACUAAUGGACCAACAACCACCAUGGUGUCAACAACUAAUGGACCAACUUUCACCCAGGUCUCCACAACAAAUGGGCAACAAACCACCCUGGUACCAACAAUUCAUGGACCAUUAACCACCCUGGUACCAACAACUAAUGGACCAACAGCCACCCAUGUACCAACAACUCAUGGACCAACAACUACCCUGGUACCAACAAGUCAUGAACCAACAACAACCCAGGUAUCCACAACUCAGGGGCAAACAACCACCUUGGUACCAACAACUCAUGGACCAACAACACUCCUGGUACCAACAACUCAUAGGCAAACAACCACCUUGGAACCAAUAACUCAAGGGCCAACAACCACCCAGGGUUCCACAAAUCACAGGCCAACAACUACACAGGUAACCACAACUCAUAGGCCAACAACAAUUCAGGUAUCCACAACUAAUGGACAAACAACCACCCAGUUAACAACAACUCAUGGACCAACAACCACCCUGGUAUCAACAACGAAUGGACCAACAUUCACCCAGGUCUCCACAACUCAGGGCCAAACAACCACCUUGGUACCAACAACUCAUGAGCAAACAACCACCCUGGUACCAACAACACUCCCGGUACCAACAACUCAUGGGCAAACAACCACCUUGGAACCAAUCACCCACACAACCACAACUCAUGGACCCACCACCUCCCAGAUACCCACAACGCAUGAGCCAACAACUACCCAUGGGCCAACCACCGUCCAGGUGCCUGCAACUAAUGGACCAACAACAAUCCAUGCACCAACAACAAUGCACAGGCCCACACCAACUACUCUGGCACCAAUGACUUCUGUAACCACUGCUGCAGCCACUUCUUCACCACCUGUUGUCAUUCUUUCUGCAACUUUGGAGAUAGUUUUUACGGAAGAUUUCAACAAUGUUACUAGUGUGCAGUACAGAGAUCUUGAAACACAAGUUGUCACUGCGUGCGACCUCAUCUACAGGGAGAGAUUUGGUCCAAUCUUCCUCCGCACCUUCAUCAUCAGAAUUAUCCGCGCGGUCGUCAUCACGCGAAUGGACAACACGCAAGUGGACGUGGGACUCGAGUUCAGAGACAUUGAGUCAACCCCACAGAACGACGACGUUGUUUCCACCUUGGAGGAAACGCUGAGGCAACCCAACAACUCGUUCAAUAUCAGCAUCGUUCAGGACUCCGUUCAAGUCAUACAAUCCCCAAAUAGAGCAAAUUCAACGACGGCAAAACCUUCUUCCACCACCAAAAAGACAACAACGACGCCAGUGCAGCUAACAACGCGGACAUUAAGGUUUACGUCUGACGAGACGUUUACCAGUGACUUGCUCAAUCAGUCGUCAGCUGCAUUUGUUGACCGAGCGAGGAUAAUCAAGAUGACGCUUGAGCCUUUCUACAGCAGGGCCUUCUCAUCGUUCAACUCUUUGACAGCAACGUCAUUUAGUAAUGGCUCAAUCAUCAACAACAUGGACCUGAGGUUCACUUCGGGGUCGGUGCCCAACAACACCGCCAUUGGGAAUGUUUUGAUUGCCGCUGCGCCGAACAUCACGGCGUUCAACGUAAACACCACGUCCAUUUUUGUGAACGGCAUGCAAGUUGCAAGCGGAGCGAGCCACUUGACGAGCAUCAUCAGCGCAUCCUGCCUUGGGCUGUUGUCAUGGUUACUGUCCUGCCAGCACUAGCAUCAACCCCAGAGUAUUAUUUUAAUACAUAGAGCGAUCGGUAAUAUGUAUUUUCAUUGCAUUUAGCGUUUCAGAAUCAAACAAUGGUGACAAUAAUCCAAAAUAGGCAAGUAUUGAGGUUUGUUUGGGUAGCUAAUAAGAUAUUAAGUUAAGAUGUGUAUUCCUGCUACGCAAUAUCACAUUACUGGCUGUGUUGUACAACAAUGUAAUGGGUAAAAAAAUACACAAAUCGCACUAUAUUUGCUCGUAUUUGCAAUUACUUUAAUUCCAAAUGGGUUUUUUAAAUUAUUACAAAGUAUAUUGCUCAUAACAUCCUGAAUGAAAAUUGCUUCUCUGUGCAAAAACUAUUAAAAAACUUAAAACGCAUGAUUCAUAAUUUUCUUUUUUGUACAAAUAACACAAAAAAAUCUGUUUCUUUCCCAACAUGUUUUAUACUUAAAUAAUGAUAAAUGAUAAAUGGGUUAUACUUGUAUAGCGCUUUUCUACUCAAAGCGCUUCGACAGUAUUUCCACAUUCACCCAUUCACACACUGAUGGCGGGAGCUGCCAUGCAAGGCGCUAACCAGCAGCCAUCAGGAGCAAGGGUGAAGUGUCUUGCCCAAGGACACAACGGACGUGACUAGGAUGGUACAAGGUGGGGAUUGAACCCCAGUAACCAGCAACCCUCCGAUUGCUGGCACGGCCACUCUACCAACUUCGCCGAGAGCUCUAUUAGCAAAACACAUGGGGCCAAAAGUUUAAGUACAAAAAUAUUGAAUAAACAAGUAUUAGUUAUGCUCACAAUAUUAGGUGUGCCAACAUUCAAAAUAUUUGCUACCCUCAAAAUUUUAGAUACAUAAAAAAUAUUAGGUACAAAUGAGGCCAUUAUAUUAUGUGCGACAGCUACCCCAAAAAUAAGGUAUAACUGACGUCAAAAUAUUAGCUAUGCCAAAAAUAUUAGAUUCUGGGUUUUUGUUUUUUUUAGCUAGACCUAAGGCCAAAAUAUUUGGGCCUGAAUAUAAGAUGCAGCAGAGGCCAACAUAUUAGGUACACCUAGACCAGUGGUUCUCAAACCUUUUUCACCAAGUACCCUCUCAGAAAAAAAACUUGGCUUUUCAAGAACCACCAUAAUGACCAACAUUAAAACGCAGUAGUGUGGUAGGCAUAAGUAUUCAUUAACAACAAGACAGCGGUUUUAUUUGACAAGUGUAUUUAAUAUUUUUGGCUUUUGUAACAUUGCACACAGUUUGAACGGUAACAAUGUGUUCUAAUAUACUGUAUUAAAACACUGUACUUUAAUACGUACCACUAUAUGGAGCCCGCGUACCACUAGAGAAUCACUGACUUCGAAUACUAGGUGUAUAUGAGGCAAUAUAUGAGUUACUCUAAAAAUACACAUUUGGCCAAUAAUUGUCCAUUACUGUAAUUAAAAAGAACACGACCGGGAGGUCACUCCGACUGCUAGUGGCUUUGGUACUCACUUCCGCCUGGACCGAUGCACAGAGGAAACAUUGAUGAGCAAAUAUCGGUUUGUUCACUGUCUGGUUGUAUGUCAAUAAACGCUAUUGCAGCUCUGUGACUGUGAGAGGUUGUGUAUCCCUGUUCUGUAGUUUCCUCAACUUGUUAUCACCUCUGUUUAUACUCAUCCAAAGGUAAACUCUGCACUGGCCUCCAGGACCGCCCAUGAUGACGUAGUGCGGAAAUUACAGUCCAUCUCACUAGAUGUGCCACACUUGACCACGUCUCUCGAAAAAACACUUGAAACAUCUAACAGUAUGUCACCUGCCCAACCAGACAGAAAAAAACACUUGAUCUAUGUCAGUGGUUCUCAACCUUUUUUCAGUGAUGUACCCCCUGUGAACAUUUUUUUAAUUCAAGUACCCCCUAAUCAGAGCAAAACAUUUUUGGUUGAAAAAAAGAGAUAAAGAAGUAAAAUACAGCACUAUGUCAUCAGUUUCUGAUUUAUUAAAUUGUAUAACAGUGCAAAAUAUUGCUCAUUUGU